AUGACUCGCGGCUGGAUCUUGACAUGGAUCGCAUCGCUCGCAGUGGCUGGCUGCGCUCGCCCGUCCACCACAGGAUGCAAGCCGUAUCCGGGAUCGCCAGACUGGCCGGCUGCGGAGGCAUGGCGGCGGCUGAAUGAAACGCUCGGCGGUCGGUUGCUGAGCCCGUCGCCCCCUGCGGCAGCCUGCCACAGAGACCGACCCGAGUACGAUGCCGCUCGAUGCGCCGAGAUUUCGAAGAGAUGGGUCACCUUCGACUGGCACACGCAGGAUCCCGUCUCCAACUGCUGGUCGCAGUUCUCCAACGACACGUGCCUACCCGACGGUCCUUCCUGCUCCGGCCAGGGGUACCCCCCCUUUGUGGUGAACGCGACAACGGCACGGCACGUCAAGGCUGGCAUAGACUUUGCCCGGAAGUACAACGUGCGCUUGCUCGUCAAGGGCACGGGGCAUGACGACAACGGGAGAUCCAUCGCGCCCGGCGCCCUGUCCAUCUGGACCCAUCACAUGAAGGAGAUCGAAUACCACGCCAGCGAGUUCAGGCUCGCCGGGUCGGGCAGAUGCAUCCAGGGUAGCGCCGUCACCGUCGGGGCCGGCAACCAAAUGUACGACAUUUACGUCGCCACCGCGCGAUACAACAAGACCAUUGUCGGCGGCGGCGGCAAAUCCGUCGGCGUCGGCGGUUACUUGUCGGGCGGCGGCCACAGCAUCCUCGGCGCUCGCUACGGACUCGGCGCCGACAACGUGCUGGAGAUGCAGCUGGUGACCCCUGGCGGAGACAUCGUGACGGCCAACGAGGACCAGCACUCGGAUCUGUUCUGGGCCAUGCGCGGAACGACCAAGGCUGACCCCGACCCCGACUCGGUUCAGGGGGGCGGUUCUACCUUUGGGGCCAUGACGUCGGUGACGUUGAAGGCUCACCCUUCGCCCUCGAUCGCUUACAUCACCUGGUACGCGUACAUGUCGGCGGACUCGCCCGUCGCCUUCGACCUUGUUGGCUACGUGCUCUCGCAGUUCCCGACCCUCAUGGACGAGGGCGUGUCCGGCUAUCAGUAUAUCUUCGACAAAAUGCCCAAUCCCCUGCCGGGAGAUGGCCAGCCCAAGGUCAUCUCCGGCCUCAUCGGCGGCUUCAUGCUGCAGGAUGUGACGGACGCGACCAAGCUUGAGGCGCUGCUGAAGCCGGUCGAGGACGCCAUCGGUCGUCGGUGGAAUGGCACCGCGCACAUCGUCAAGGAGACCAAGCUGUACGCCUCCUUCUUGGACUGGUUCGACGUCAACUACGAUCAGGGCGUCGCCGGCGGGAACGUCUACCGCACCUCGCGGUUGGUUGACCGAAAGGCCCUCACGGGCGACCCCAAGGCGCUGGGCGAAGCGUACAGGGCGGCGACCAAAGCCGCCGGUGCCGUGACGGCGUACAUGGUGGCCGGCAAGGCCGUGCAGAAGGCGAGACCCCGUGGCGGCGGCAACGCCGUUAACCCGGCCUGGAGACAGGCCUAUCUGCAGAGUCUGACGGGCGUGACGUACCCCUCGUUUAACCAGACGGCCGAGAGGACGACGAUCGAGGCUCUGGACGUGACUCUGGACCCCCUGAAGGCACUCACGCCGACCAUGGGUGCUUACAUCAAUGAGGGUUGGCUGUUCGAAAAGGACUGGCAGAAAACAUUCUGGGGCAGCAACUACGCCCGUCUCCACAGGAUCAAGAAGCAGGUGGACCCGACGAAUGUUUUCGUCUGCUUCCCCUGCGUUGGCAGCGAGGGGUGGUUUCAGAGAGACGACGGACGACUCUGUAGAAGAUGA